CCUCGGCCGGCCCCUCUCGCUCCCCGGGAGCGCCUGGCGGGGCCGCUGGGCCGAGGGGGCCGCCGGCGGGGCUAGCGGGCAGUGGGGUUUCCUGCAAGCCGGGGGCGGGGAGACGCUGGCGGCCCCGCGUGGUGCUGCAGGGCCGGGCAGGGGCGAGGGGCAUCGGGGGCAUCCGGCUUGGAGGUGAAAGAGGAGAGACUCCCAGCAUGUUUCACUAGGGUUCCUCUAGCCUGAAUCCUGGCUGGGCACCAGUGAGAACUCCCCUAUGGUUAAAGGCAAGAACAAGAGCCUAUCUCAGAAGCUGCAAGCAGUUCUACUUCCGGGAUGCGGCGCUCAGUCCUGGUUAGGAACCCAGGCCACAAAAGCCUGAGGCCGCUUUACAGAGAGCUUCAUUCAGACUCUGAGGACCUGGACUCCGGUCUCAAAGAUCGGCACCCGAUUUCACCAGAACCAGAGCCGGAAGACCUCAACACAGUCUCAGGUGGUGUGGAUCCCAGCUUUGAAGAUCUGGACCCCAACGCAGACGAAGCUUCACAAUCCAUGUUGGGGAACCCAGACUCCGUUUCCCAAGAUCUGGAUUCCAUGUCUUCAAGUUUUGACCUGGAUCCAGAUGUGAUCGGCCCGGUACCCCUGGUUCUCGACCCAAACAACGACACCCCCAGCCCAGCUGCUCCAGAUGUGGACUCCCUCCCCUCCAGUCUCACUGCCACCCCAGAAGUCUUGGCCACCAGCCCAGCGGUGCUCCCCGCCCCUGCCAGCCCACCUCGUCCCUUCUCCUGUCCUGAUUGUGGGCGAGCCUUCCGUCGUAGCUCAGGGCUGAGCCAGCACCGUCGCACCCACAGUGGCGAGAAGCCCUAUCGCUGCCCCGAUUGCGGCAAAUCGUUCAGCCACGGUGCCACCCUGGCCCAGCACCGUGGCAUCCACACUGGGGCACGGCCCUACCAGUGCGCAGCCUGCGGCAAGGCCUUCGGCUGGCGGUCCACACUGCUCAAGCAUCGCAGCAGCCACAGCGGAGAAAAGCCACAUCACUGCCCAGUGUGUGGCAAGGCUUUUGGUCAUGGCUCACUGCUGGCUCAACACCUGCGCACGCACGGUGGCCCUCGUCCCCACAAGUGCCCCGUGUGUGCCAAGGGCUUUGGGCAGGGCUCUGCGCUCCUGAAACACCUGCGCACCCAUACGGGCGAGCGACCCUACCCGUGCCCACAGUGUGGCAAGGCCUUUGGGCAGAGCUCCGCGUUGCUCCAACAUCAACGCACCCACACCGCAGAGCGUCCCUACCGCUGUCCUCACUGUGGCAAGGCCUUUGGGCAGAGCUCCAAUUUGCAACACCAUCUCCGCAUCCACACUGGAGAGAGGCCCUACGCCUGCCCACACUGCUCCAAGGCCUUCGGGCAGAGCUCAGCCCUGUUACAACACCUCCACGUUCAUUCCGGGGAGCGCCCCUACCGUUGCCAGCUCUGCGGCAAGGCCUUUGGCCAAGCAUCCAGCCUCACUAAGCAUAAGCGAGUGCAUGAGGGGGCCGCAGCCGCAGCCGCAGCAGCAGCAGCAGCAGCAGCCGCAGCAGCUGGAUUGGGCCUCGGGCCUGGCUUGAGCCCAGUAUCUCUGAUGAGGUCUGGGCAAGUCUCCUUCCUGGGUCCGGAUGCUGUGUCUGUGUUGGAAUCAAGCCUGGGCCUCAGCUCUGGUACCAACUCUGCCCAAAGUUUUGAGGCUGGCUCGGUGCUGGGUUCACUCCCCAAUCCCAGGCCCCAAACUCUCUCCGGCUCAGAAUCUAUCCUCAGCCCUGAUCUUGUUCGGUCUUCUGACCCUAAGCCUGGUCGAGAUGCUGACCCUGAUGUGGUACCCAGUCCUAACCCUGAUCUUGUCCCCAGCCCUGACCCCAACCCCAAGUCCCAAAAUGACCCCUGCUCUCCCACCCAUGACAGUCCCAGGCCAGCCCUUCCUACUGGAGACAGUCCAAAGUGGGUAAAGGAGGAGGGGGCUUUGCUAGGGCCUGAUGGCUAAAGGGAGUACCGGCAUCCAUGGUGGUCUGGGGAAGGUGUGUGUUGUUCAAUUAGUAAAAAUAUUCCCACUGCC